AUGCAUCCCAAACACCUCCUGCUCACCCUCGCCGCUACGCUCGUCAGUGCCAAAGAGGACAAAACCACAGUCCCCGGCUGGGAUGCCACCGGCAUCUCCUUCAGUAUACCCACCUACACCGGCACCGCAGCCAGCGUAGCGGGGAUCAACGCCGAGGAAACAACCUACCACAUCAGCUGCACCAAGGGCGCCCCCAAGGAAUACUGCCAGAUCGAUAAACCCUGGACCUUGAUCCAGGGAAAAGAAACCUUCAGCAUGACGGGGUCAUACACGGUCGGAACGACGGAGACGGAUCGCAUCACUGCGACCCGGCACUAUGACUGCAAGUUCAAGAACUAUUCUGAGUCGGCUUCGUGCUCGUUCUCGGUGACGGUGACGGGGUCAGUGGGUGGGGGGCCGUGGUCGAGUUCCGCGUUGUUGGAGACGAGUAUACCCAGUAGUAACGUUGGGUUUUAUGAUAUGGUGGUUACUGGGGGUGUGGACAAGUUCACGAAGCCAGAGGCGACCAAGACGCCUGGUGCUGCGGCGGGUAAGCUGGUCAAUGCUAGGGCGGUUGCUACUGGGGUGCCCUUGGCUGGGGCGGCGGCUGUUGCUGUCGCGGCGAUGCUUUGA